CGGCCACGACCACCAGCACGAGAGGAUCCGUUCCGGCAGCUCGUCCCCCGCUGCUUAUUCUCCUCUUCAUCCUCGCCGCCGACGUACUGACCGGAGGGGGAGAGACCGACCGGGGUCACCGUACGUCUCGCGGGUUCAGGAAUCGGAGGCAUAUAGAUAGGAAGAACUAAAAGGAGGUCGUCAUCAUGUCCCGGUGGUUUUGCUGCUGCAAUUUCCAUAGUUCACAAGGUCAUGGUUCAUAUCAUCAACGCGAAGAUGAAUUUCGGUCCAGCCCAGAUGAGAAAGAAUUAUGUGUGCGUGGAAAGAGGAAAGAAGAAAAUGGGUUUGCUUCCAAAAGUGACCCAACAAGACCUCCUCCUCCCAUUGAAGUACCUGAAAUUUCACUUGAUGAAUUGAAAGAAAAGACCAACAAUUUUGGGCCAAAAGCUUUGAUCGGUGAAGGAUCAUACGGCAGAGUGUACUAUGCUAUUCUAGACAGUGGAACACAUGUUGCUGUUAAAAUGCUUGAUACUUCAUCAGACAGUGAGCCCGAUAAUGAAUUUCUUACACAGCUCUUGAUUGCGUCAAAAUUAAAGCAUGAAAAUUUUAUGGAAAUGCUUGGUUACUGUGUGGAAGGAAAUCAACGUCUGGUGGCCUAUGAAUUUGCUACGAUGGGUUCUCUACGUGAUAUUUUACAUGGAAGAAAAGGUGUCCCUGGUGCACAGCCUGGCCCAGCACUUGACUGGAUGCAGCGGGUCAAAAUUGCGAUAGAUACUGCUAAAGGGCUAGAAUAUCUUCAUGAGAAGGCUCAACCUUCGAUAGUCCAUCGGGACAUACGGUCUAGCAAUGUCCUUCUAUUUGAGGACUACGGAGCGAAAGUUGCAGAUUUUACUCUUUCGAAUCAGUCUCCUGAUAUGGCUGCUCGUUUGCAUUCCACCCGGGUCCUUGGAACCUUCGGCUAUCAUGCUCCUGAGUUUGCCAUGGCUGGCCAGAUAACUCAGAAAAGUGAUGUAUAUAGCUUUGGAGUAGUUCUUUUAGAACUUCUGACGGGAAGGAAACCAUUAGAUAAUUCAAUGCCUAGAGGUCAGCGAAGUCUAGUUAUAUGGGCAACACCUCGCUUGACCGAGGAUACAGUAAAAGAAUGUGUUGACCCCAGGUUGAAGGGAGAGUGUCCCCCAAAAGGCGUUGCCAGGCUUGCAGCAGUGGCAGCGCUCUGCGUGCAGUACGAACCCGAGAACAGGCCUAGCAUGAGCAUUGUCGUCAAGGCACUCUCUCCCCUUUUUCAGCAUAAACCUCAACCUCCACCAGCUGCUCCUUCUGAUACAUGCAACGGCUGACUUCUGUUCUGCUGAUACAUCUUUUUCAUCAUGAGCAUUGUUUUACAGUACCACCCCUGCUUUACCAAGUUCCACAACAGGCUUCUGUUCUCCUUGCAUUUCCUGUGUGGUGGUUUUGCUGACUGAUGUGCUCUUGUUGCAUAAGUUUAGCCCAGGCGAGCGAGAUGUGUUUUGUUGAUGACCACUUCAGUAAUCGCGUUUUGGGUUCUCUAUAUACUGUAAUGUGAGUAUUUGGGAAGGUUGUAAUUGGUUCAUGGCUUGAUGUUUCUGGGUUUGCCAUUAUAUUGUGAAUUUGAGCUGACAAUGCACCCUCCCGAUUGUAUAAACUAUUGAACCCAAUUCAUUUGCGAGGCGGUGAGAAAUGCC